ACAACGCGCUAACUUCAAAAAUGAAGUGGAACCAUUCAAACAGGGCUCAUGAAUAAAAUCAUAACAAACAAGGAUUACUCUUUCUUUGAGGGACGAUCUUUUCAAGAGAGCCGUUAUGCAAUAUCUAGAACUGGAUAAAAGAGAAUCGGGGAAAAUAUGGCACAGAAAACCCAGCCCAUCAAGUGAUAAUGGGUUGAUGGUUCAGAUCAGCAAGGCUUCCUCGGCUGCUCUCAAGUUUCAAGGUCAUACCAUUCGUUUCCUGCAGGCUGGAUUCGAUGCAAGUGGAGAUAGGUUUAUAGCUGGAGAUCAUCAAGGACACAUAUAUGUCUUUGAUCUCCAUAGAAACAGGUUUCAACUUGUGCAAAAGUUGGGUAUUCCAUGCACUGCUAUAGCCUUCACACUGAGACGUAAAACAGAGUACUUAGUUGCUUUGUCUGACUGCUCACUGAAAUGUUAUGACACAGAUACCAAAGAGAUGGUUGCAUGGAUGAAAGGUCAUGAGACGCCUGUCCACUCUCUGUCUGUCCAUGCCUCAGGCCGCUAUGCCUUGACCACCUCAAAUGAUACAGCUCUUCUAUGGGAUCUGGAUACAUUCACCAGGAAACGCAAACUCAAUGUCAAAGAUGAUGUCAACAUUGUCAAAGUUUUUUUCCUGCCAUUGAGUAAUACCAUAAUGACCUGCUUCCGUGAUGAUACCAUGUUUGCUUGGGAGUCAGAUACAUUGCAGUGUAAAUACCAGCUUCCCAUCCCACCCGGUGAUAGACCACAUUACAAAGCAUUUGCUACACCAAGAGAUGGGAGGUUGCUAGUGACCGGUGGCAAGUGUCAAUUCCUUCACAUCUGGGCAUUGGAUACCAGGUCCCUUCUGAGAGUGAUUGAGAUGCCAUCUAAAGUCAGAGCUGUCAAACAAAUUCAUUUCCUACCAGAGAGCUUUGAUGGAGGAGCUAGUCAGAUGGUUGGAGUCUUGAGCCAAGAUGGACUGGUGCGUAUCAUACACAUCCACAGUUGUAAACUACUCUGUGAUCUUGGCAGCCUAGAUGACCGAGUGGUUCAUUUCACGGUCAGUCCCUCUGGACGUAACAUUGUGGCCAUCAUGGAGAGUGGACGUAUGAAUAUCUACAGUAUACCUGCCCUCCUGGCUGAUUUCAAUAAGCCACCACCACCGCUUGUAAAGGCUACGUCAGAUCACUCUCGUAGCAGCGUGACCUCUCGUAGGCAAAGGUCAACCUUGCGGUCGAUGGCCCCUGGUGUUCUUGGAUCUCAGUCUGUGAUUGGUUCUGAGGUUGAUAAGAAGCAAGGAGGACGUAGCAAGACAGGAAAGACAAUGGAUGGGACUAGCAGAGUUGGGAUGGAUGAAGAUGAUAUUGAGAUUUCUGCCUUACCAGAUGGAUUGAGUAUGAGCAGACUGGCAGCCAUCUUGAAAGGGUAUGGUGAAUACCCUGCAAAGUACAGGAUGUUCAUCUGGAGAUCAAUGCUUAGAUUACCAGAGAAUCAUGUUGCAUUCAGUACCUUGGUUGAUAAAGGUAGUCAUCUAGCCUGGGCUAAGGUUCAUGAGAACUAUCCAAUCAAGAGCAGGAAACUCCUACGUGUGCUUCAGAGAACCCUAUCAGCUUUAGCUCACUGGUCAGCAUUGUUUGGUGAGAUGGAUUAUCUCCCUCUUCUAUCCUUUCCUUUCAUCAAGCUCUUCCAGAACAACCAGCUUGUCUGCUUUGAAGUCAUUGCAACCAUCCUUGUGAACUGGUGUCAGCAUUGGUUUGAAUACUUCCCCAAUCCACCCAUCAACAUCCUAGGUAUGGUGGAGAAUGUUCUGGCCUACCAUGACAGGAGACUGCUGGAGCACUUGGUCGCCUAUGAUGUCACUUCACAGUUGUAUGCGUGGCCGAUCAUGCAGACGCUCUUCUCAGAGGUAGUGACGAAGGAGGAAUGGCUGAAGCUCUUUGAUCAUGUCUUCACCAAUCAUCCAUCAUUCCUGCUCCUACUGGUCGUAGCUUAUCUCACUGGAUCAAGAGUAGCCUUGUUGGCAUGUACCAAUAAGGAUGAUUUCAAGUACUUCUUCCAUCACCGCAAUGCGAUUGACAUCAACUCAGUGAUUAGUGAGGCCUACCGUAUCCAGGAAGGUACCCCUGCUGACAUUCAUCCAAAGAAGCUUCUAGACGAUCUCCAACCACUCACCAGAGGACAGUAUCCAGUCUUCAAUAAGUAUCCCAAGUUCAUUGUAGACUAUCAGUCCCAGGAGAGGGAGAGAAUCCGUGAGGAUGAGCUGGAGUACCUCCACCAGAGGGAGGCAGCAGCUGAGCUCCAUGCGGAGCUCGGCAGGAGACGAGCUGAGGAGGAGGCAUGGUAUAGACAACAGGAGCUACUCAAAGAGGCUGAGGAGCAGAGGAGAGUGCUCAUCGCAGAGGAGGAACAAAAACUGGUGGACCAAAGAAUUAGACUUCAGGCAAUGAAGCGUGAGCUGCAGAUGAAAGAACUCCAGUUAUUAGAUGGGACUCAGAGGAAGUUUGUUCAUCAUCAACAGAAUCAGCAAGAGACUCAACUUAGGAGACUAGAUGAUGAGAUUGCAAGGAAGAGUAUUUUGAGAGAGCAAGAGACUCAGGCUGCCAUGGAUGAUAUUGAAAUCAGACGAAUGGAUCUUGAAGCACAGAAGAAAACGCUGGAACAGGAGCUUGCAAGGACUGCAUCAUCUUCCACCUACCAGCAGCAUGCGGAAGCAGAGAUGAGGAGAAAGAGAGAGGAGAUGGAAGAGAGACGGCAAGUUAGACAGGUGGAGAAUGAGAGAGAUAAGUUGCAUGCAAGAAGGAAGAUUGUCCAGUCUGAUGUAGCAAGAGCCAACCUGAAGCUAGCAGACACUUCCAUGAGAAGAGAUGAAGAAGUGCGGAGAAGACUAGAUGAUCUGGAAAAAGAACUUAGAAGUGCAGAGCUAUCCAGAUUGAAUGAUGAGAACAGAGAGAUAGAAGAAGAGGUUCAGACAGUGCUACACAGGCUAGCUGAUGCAAAGCGUGACCAUGCAGUUCGUCUUCAGCACGAGUAUGAUGAUUUGAGAUCUAAGUCCCAACCUGGCCAGCUUCUAUCUUCACUACAAGGUGAGAGGAGAGAAGGUGAGAGAAGAGAAGGGAUGCCUAUCCUGAAUGAUAUCAGUACGUCUACAGAAGGAGAUGUUCCAAUAUCUCUUGAUCGAGGAAGACAGACAUUUGAGGAGAGAGAACGUAGAUUGUUGUACGAGGUCCAGGAGCUUAGGAGGAAGAUAGCUACAGAAGCCAUUAGAAAGGAACCACCACCAAGAUAUCCAGGACCAGACAAUGACUGAUGGGAAAGACUAGCUCUUGGGGUUUCGUGUGCCGUUCGUGGUUGAAGGUACCGCCACCUGUUUGCAGUGGGUCAUAGAUAAAGCUUUUGAUUUCAUACAUGUUCCUUAUGACAAACACAUAGAAUGCAUGUCUGAUUUAUUUAUUGUAGAACACGAUGUAUUUCCAUUUUGUAUUUAUUAAUGAAGUUACUGAAUAAACAAGAAAAUGGGUGUUAUAAGUGUCUCUGAGUCUGUCAGGCUGGAACUGCAUUUUUUUUUUUACACACAGUUCUUCCAUUCAUAAAGUAUUUUGCAGAAAUAUUAUUUGAGGCUACCAUUGCAUCCCAUAGGUCGGACACUUGUUCAAAGUUUAGUUAAUGAAUAAAUGGCAGACAAUAUUUUCAUGGGCUUGUUAUAUUAAGCUGUGUUAGUGUACACUAGGUCAAGCAUACUCAUGCACACUGAUUUUACAAGGUGUUUUUUUUCCCAUUCAGUUCUAUUCUUCAUGAUCUUUGGGAGUUCCUGCCUUUUGUUAGUGUAAUUGAUCUAAAAAGCUGGUCAUCCUUCCCAUGUGAAUUUGAACGGAUGUGAUUGUGCUCGAUUACAAGCUGUAUCAAUAUUACUGGUACAUGAAACGUAAUUGACAUAUCCAUUACCAUUUUGACUAAAACACACAGAUCAACCCCUAGAAUUCAUUCAACAAGGUCAUGUUAGGAACACAAGAAUGGUUUAAAGUACAGAACAACUGAUCAUAAUAUAAGUAGCCACUUUGCUGAAAUACCUGUGCAGUUUCUAAAAAUAAUAUUUCAUUUGUUUUAUGAAAAGGAUAUGUUGCAUAACAUAAAAAACAGCAUGCAAUUAAAAAACAACUAAUUAACCACUCAAAGAAGACUGUAAGAGCUUCUUGGGUUUAUUACUGAUCUGUUGAUACAAUGAUGGUGUAAUGGAGAGCAAAUUCAUUCUAUAGCAAGAUAUCUGAGUUGAAGAAAAGCAAAAGUGUAAAUUACAAUGUAAAAUGAGUAAUUUACCCAGCCAAAAGGUAGUUUGUGUGUAAAUUUUAUACAUAAAAGUAAAUAUAGAUAGUGUACAAAUAAACAUGUAAUGCUGAUGUAUAAAUUGAAAAUACUAUGUGAAAUUUGAAGAGAAAAAAAAAACUACUUUCCAGGUUGUUGUGAAAAUAAACUGAAAAUACCUAUA